AUGAACCUUUUGGAGAGGAAGAGGAUGCUAUCUCAAUAAAGGUGAAGGAGGAAGACGUUUUGGGAGUGAAAGAGGAAGAGACAGAAUAUCAGAUUACCACCAGAGAGAGACGUGACUAUGGUGGAUCCUCUGGGAAGCCUCAACAACAUCCUGAUGCUGACGAGGCAGAGAAGAGUCUCUCCAGAUCAGAACACCAGAUGGACAAUGCUAGCCCUUCCACCCUCCCGGAGUCCCUGUGUCGUGCCUCUCCCGGUAGCGCCUUACUGCUGGGUAUAAAGAGGUUGUCUGUGCUGCUGGUGGACUGCAGGAAAACAAUGGGGCUGAGUGGAACUGUGAGAGGAGGAGAAGAGAAGAAAGGAUCAGAUUUGACACAUCAAAGAGAGAGACCAGACUCAGAGGAACCAGAGCCAGAGAUGUCCAAAUCAGCAAGACCACACCCCUGCUCCCACCGUGGAAAGAGCUUUACUAAGUUAGGGAACCUUAAAGACCACGAGAGAAUGCACACUGGAGAAAAGCCUUACCAAUGCUCCCAGUGUGGAAAGAGCUUUACCAAGUUAUGCAGCCUAAAAAUACAUGAGAGAUUACACACAGGAGAGAAGCCUCAUCAAUGCUCCCAGCGUGGAAAAAGCUAACCAGCUAGCAAACCUGAAAUCACAUAAGAGAACACG